AUGAAUUCAAUUUUGGGCCUUGCAGUUGGGGUUUGCGGACUGGCAUUUUUAGGUUAUUGUGUGUAUUUUGAUAAUAAAAGGAGAAAAGAUCCGAAUUUCAAGAAAAAAUUACGUGAACGUCGAAAGGCAGCUAGAGAAACAGAAGAUGCUGCUAUAAGAAAUAAAAUUCCACCUCUGAAAGACAAUGAAGCCCUACAAAAGUUUUUCCUUGAAGAAGUACAUUUGGGUGAAGUAAUGUUGGCCCAGGGAGAUUUUACAAACGGAGUCGAACAUUUGGCUAAUGCUGUUGUGGUUUGCAGUCAACCACAGCAAUUACUCAAUGUUUUAAGCAAUACACUUCCACCUCAAGUGUUCCAGUUGCUUAUACAACAAAUAGCAAUUACUGGUAGACAGCGGCCUCAAUCAAGCUUUGGUCCACAGAUAUUGGGAUUGGCAGAAGAGGACGUCGAAUGA